GUGUUGCAUACGACCAGAAGAACGUUGCUGGCCUCGUCGCAAAGGGUCUGAUGUUGUGCCUCGCUGGAAACAUGUUUAAGAUAUUCAACAGAAAGCGUUGGACAGACAACGACGAAGCCGUGAAUCAGCUUGGGCUCCUGCAGGCUUGCCACGGGCUUCUGGCUAGAGUGUUCAAGCGGUGGCUCGUGCAAGCUGGGUACAACGGCAAUCUGGACAUCGGGGUUGGAGCGCCUGCCAAAUCUUCAGAUAAACAAGACGCGUACGCCGAGCUGAACGCCAAGAACCGGAGGAUUGCUCUGCGUUGGUUGAACGGGGAACCUACCAGCGACCUUCUCGUCAUCAGGUUGGCGAUGGAGCCAUCCAUGAUGGUAUUGCGGCAGCAACUGCGCAUCGGUUCAGCAUCGUGGGAGAGGUCGCAGGCGAUACAUGCUGCAAGUGGAGGCGCUACGAAUGGGCAACGAGAUUACAGAAUAUUGGUUUCCGCCAGGGGCGAUCUAGACACGCUGUUCGCCGACGCCACCCGCCAGUUCAUGACAACCGAGGGGUCUUUCUGGGUGGUGAUGCCUGAAAGCAGCAUCACUGAGUAUUGGAGGUGCUUGGCGUUCAGAAUGGCAAGCAGGGCGGCUGCGGAGUACACGAGGCUUCUGACGUUUGUUCACAAGAGGCCGCCUUUCUUGUUGUUUCUCAGUGUGCACUACCCCGCCGUCGUGUUGCAGCUGAGGCAGUUGCCCCGCUGUUUGCUGGACCCCUUCACGAAACACAUCAUGGACACAUUCGACUUAGAGUCUCCAGAGCUGAAAGGGUUCCUGACGCUGCUCAUGCUGAUGGGGUACACGGACACUGCGGAGAUCGAGUGCUGGCAUGCUUGGGUGCGCCGCUUCCUCAUUCGCAGGGGCGCCCAAGCUCACAGGCCAGAGUUUGGGGACGUGAACGCAGAGGCCUUCGCCCACAGGCUGAAGGUUCGGAGCCUUGAAGUGCUGGAGUGGCUGCACGCCGACGCAGUGGGCCAGUACCAUGCAGCGUUCAACGUGGGGGGAGAUGGCGAUGAAGAUCCACCCAGCAGCAAGGCCAAGCAGAAGCAGAAGCGCGGCGGAGGUGGCGAGUGGAGGGCGUUCGUCAGCAGCCAGCUUCACCAGGGCAUUACGGACUUCCAUGAGAUAUCACUCCGCUACUUGGUACGGACCGAGGCAGAGAGGCAUGACAACAUUCGAGCGGGGGCUGUCGGCACAGAUCUACACAGACAAGGGCAGCGUGCAUUCGGGCCGACACUGAAGGAUCGGCGUGCGCAGGAUUUGCACACCGAGGCUAUCGCGUUCAACCGCCGACACCCUUUGGAGGAUAUCGCUUGCGUGUCGUCAGCCCCAGCACCGGCCGCCGUGGAGAUGGAGGGCCACACGGAGGACCGAGUGCAACAUAUGAUGGCUUUGGUUACCGCAGUCUGCAAGUUGGACCAUCAGCGGCGCCAAUGGCGUGAAGAGCGGGGCGCUGCGGUGAUCAAGGAGUUUGUCAGGACACAGUCAGACGAGCUUCUACGAGAAGUGGUAUCUCGCAUCAAGGGGCUGAGCCCUUGGGCUGGGAAGCUCGUGGCAAAGCCUGUCCUGAGGCUUCCAGGGCUUGAUAUUACUUGUUGCGAUGCCUGCUUCGAGACUGACCUCUUCACUUUCUCUACUGCCAAGAUGCUUGCUACUGCCCCGAGAGCUGGAGGCAAUUGGGCGGCAGCCUUGGAUAACCAUUGGACGGCCAGCCACAGGCCAGUGUUCGAAGGCGAGUGGCGCGGGCCUACGACGUGCGAUGACACACAGACGCAAUGUUAUAAGUACGGAUACUGUGUAUGUAGCAAGCCAGGCCGCAAAGUCUUGCGAUUGCGCAACUCCGUGCUGACAGCGAUCAAGGAGUUCGGCCCCAUGCGCUCUGACAAGCGGGACAUGCUGGUUGAUGGCUUCAUCGUGAUGCGCCUCACGGGCACCCCCGUCGACUCCGUGUUCGCUGGACUUGAUGACCCAGAGCUCGAAGCAGCGGACUCGGCAUGCUGCGAGUACUUGGUGGACUUCGAGGCCUUCGCGGAGCUGGACAUCGAGAACUACACCUGGAGCUUGAAGUUCUACAGGCUGUGCCAGACUCCUGUUCAGCUGCCGCGGUGGGAGUUCAUUCUAAAGUACCAGCGUGCCCUGCCCGUUGAUUAUGAAGAAGUUCAG